UGUUUGGGAAAAAAACAUUUUUGAUGGUUUUGAAUUUCAAGCUUGAAAUUAUUGUUUGUUCUCCAUCCUUUAUGAUGUCAUUGCAAUGUCAUUGUGAUGUUGUUGCAGCGUCAUGAUGUCAUUGCAAUGUCAUUGUGAUGUCAUAAUGGUCCCUACACUAUAUAUUUAGCAGGCUAGCAAGCCAAAGCUCAGUUGUUUUCUGACAACACACUUGUUUAGACCUUUCUAACAAGGUAAGUUAUAGAAGUUAAUUGUAUCUAUUAAAUUGACACUAUGGGUCAACAAAAUGUCUUUGAAUAUAUAGAUAUGUGUAAUAUUUAAUAAGAAGGCAAGUUAUGGAAGCAGAUUAUAUCUUAUAGCUGGACAUUACCGGGAAAUCAAACUGUAUUUAACUGUAUUACUGGGGGUUCAGAGGCAGUUGGAGGAAAUGCUCUAUUGUAGGUUUUCUUGUCAUUCCUAGUUCAUUAGACUAAUUGCUGUAUUUUGUUUGUGUUUCAGAAAUUACACCAAGAAGAAAAUGAAUACACUUUUUAUUAUCAUUAUUCUGAUACGGAUAACAUUCCAAAUGAUUGCUUUAGAAAGCGAUGCAAAGAUUGAUUUACCCAAGAUGGACUGUCCUGCCACCUUAAUGUUUGAGCAGAUUGCAUUUCUGCAGGAUAUGAAUGUUGAACUUCCUUGCCGAUGUAAGCCUGAUGGCACCACAUCAGUGAUAUGGUACUACAAAAGGCAUCUUAACAGCAAGCACAUCACAUUGUUUAAGGAUAGCGUCAAAGAUAAAGUGAUAGUGGAUAGUGCAAGAGAUAAGGACCAAAACGAUUUGUAUGCAAGGUUUGAUGUCAUCGACUUAGACCUCACGAUUGUCGGCGCCCAUCCUGAUGACUCUGGCAUUUAUAUCUGUGGCUCAAAGACAGGCGAGUUCUAUUAUGGUUAUGAACUUGAUAUCCAGCGAUCCACUGAUGCCCGAGUGAUAUUCAGUGACAAGGAUGAGCAACCCCUUCCAGAUAUUAAUACAGACGGAUUUCAAGCCUACACCAGUUUUGGACAAUGGUCCAAAUGCGAUCGAUGUGGAGUUAGAGGAGAGCAAAGGAAAUUGGGCCUGUGCACUGCCAGGAGCCCGUACAUGAAUCCACGUUUCCAAAUCAAAGGCGACGACGUUUCAUGUGGUUCAGACGCCGUCCCUGAAAGAUUCAAGCCACUGAUUGCCAAUCGGCCAGCGGAGAUAUUUUUCAGGAGUUGCGAAGUCGCCUGUGCCGAGAACAAACCAGGCAUGCUGGGAAAAGUUGUGAAUGCCGCAAACAAUCUGUCAGCGUAUUUGAAGAAACGCUUUGGUUUUCUUCCAACACACAAGUUGCCCACUCAGAAGUAUGUUUCUACUUUGGGUGGAAAAGUGACGUUUACAUGUCCAGGAUCAAAACCAGACGAUGCAGUAGCCUGGGACAAAGAUGACGAGAGAUUGUACCACAGCGAAUACCUGAUAGGAACAAGCAAAUACAUGAACCUUUUCAUUGACCAUGGGAACAAUCUACACAUUAAAUUUGCACAAUUCACGGAUAAAGGACUGUACACUUGCUGGCUUAACGGAAAGCAAAUAUCAUCUAUCAAGUUGACUGUGAGCAAAGAACCACCCAAGCGCCGCAAACUCACCGAUGCAGACACCCUUUUUGCUGCCAAGGUCCUUGGCUUCUGUUUUCUAGUCUGCACAGUAUUAUUUUUCAUCAUCUUUUUCAUCAAGUGUUGCUGCUACUACUGCAAAUGCUGUCCUAAAUUCAGUCCUGAAAAUGAAGUUUAAAAACUGCCAAGCCUACUAAGAUGUUCCUAGAAAAACGUGAAACUAAUAUUUUUUAUUUUUAACAUUUUA